GCACAACUCCUCCCUCACACCUUUGCCUCUUUCCCGGGUGUUUUCCAGAAGCCUUUUCCAGUCUCCAGGAUGUCCUGCGGUAUCCCCAGCUGCGGCGUGGCCACCCCGGCCCCUCUGGCUGACGCCACCAACGAGCCCUGCGUGCGGCAGUGCCCCGACUCCACGGUGGUCAUCCAGCCCCCGGCCUCGGUGGUCACCUUCCCCGGGCCCAUCCUCAGCUCCUUCCCGCAGCAGAGCCUCGUGGGCUCGGCCGGAGCUCCCUACGUCGGAGGCGGCUUCGGCGGCUCCUUCGGACGCCGUGGGGGCUCCGGCGGCUCCGGGGGCUUUGGGGGACUCGGAGGUUUUGGAGGAUUCGGAGGUUUUGGGGGCAGCUGCGGCGGCUCCAGAGGCUGCGGGCCCUGCUAGGCCCCAGCCCGAGCCCUGCCCCAGAGCCGGGAGAGCUCCAGGAGCGCCCCCGGCCCAUCCCCGCUCGCCAAGGCCCGGCUGAAGGACAGACCGACAGACGUGCCCCGGCCGCGCCCCGCCG